GCCGGGGGGACUUCCUGUGCCGGCCCCCCAGCGCCCCCGCCCCGGCCCAGCCGCUUCCCGCACGGACGCAAAGCACCGGAGGGCGGGCGAGCGAUCCCGGGACCUGGCCCGGCCGCGGCGCCCGCCCCCCGCUCCCCGAGCACCUGUGGCCCGAGAUCACACAAGACCCUUGUCACCCGGUUCCCACUGAGCCGACCUAGGGCUCCAGCUUGGGCCCUGCUGCGCGCCAUGACCACCCGAACCAACCAUGAUCCCAGCUCGGGAUUUGGAGUCCUGCCUGCAUUCCCUGUCCCUUCACCAACUUCUGCCUGGAAACUCCACUUUGCACCUUGUCUUGGCCCAGGGCGACCUCGGCAGCUCUGAGAGUGAAGAUCCCGUGAAGUGCCGGUAAAGGGUUCCCCCGGGGGUGGUCAGAGCCUCCCUGGCUCAUUCUAGAUGGAGCAUCUCAGGAAGGAGCUGGCUGAACCGCCUUGGCCUUCACCCUGUAGGCGCUGGUGACCACACCUCCCCUAGCGCAGAGGCUGCUGCCGGCGGGAAAUGCUGUUCCAGCACAGCCUGCUCCCCAGGACCCUGGUGGGAUCGCCAGGAUGGAGCUUGGCCCCACAGCAAUGACCUUUGUGUUGGAGCUUCGAUGUCUUGAGGAUGGGGGUCCAGGCCCUGACACCCUCUCAGGUGGCAGUGGUGGGAGUGAGAGCCAGGAGGAGGAAGAGGCUCAGGAGGGGAGCAGCAGCCCACAGCCGCCAGCACUCACAGCUCCAGUAGGGGCCAGUAACAGCAUCGAGGCAGUGCAGUCAGGACAGCGGGACUUGCAUCUGCAACAGUUAGAGCAGCAGCAAGAGCUGGAACGACAGCCGCAGCACAAGGAGUUGCAAGAGCAGCAGCCUCCGCAUCCACUGUUAGGAUCUCAGCCGGAAUUGCAGCAGCAGCAAGAUGGGCAGCAAGAACUACAGGAAAACUUCCAGUCCGAGCGUCAUCAGGAACCAAAACCACAGCUGCAGUUGGUACAGCAGCUGGGACUUGGACAAGAGCAACAAUUGUUGCAGCAGCAGCAGCAGAUGAUGAUGAUGAUGCAGCCCCAAGGCCAAGAGCAACAGCUGUUACAACAGCAGCAGGAACAGUGUCAACAGCAGCAAGUUCAACAGCAGCGACUCGUGCAGCAGCAAGAGUUGCUGCUGCUGCAGCAGCAGCAAGUACAAGAACAACUUGAGCAGCAAGUGCAACAGCAACAGCGAUUGCAGCAACAACUGGAAGAACAGGCUUUGCUGCAGCAGCAGCCAAUGCAAGAGCAACAACAGUCACAGCAGCAGCUUCUCCAACAGCAGCAACUACUGCAAGAGCAGGGACAAUUGCUGCAGCAGCAGUUGCAGCAGCUUGUGCAAGAACAAGCAUUGCAGCAGCAAUUACAGCAAGUGCAAGGACAACAGCUGUUGCAGCAUCAUCAACAGGAGCAGUUAGAGCAGGAGCAGCUGCUCCAACAGCAGCUACUGUUACAACAGCAGGGACAAUUGCAGCAGCAGGUACUGUUGCUGCAGCCACAGGGACAGCUACAGCAGCAGCUGUUGCUGCAGCAGCUGUUGCAGCAGCAGCAGACCCAAAUACAGUACCAAUUAUUGCUUCAGCAAGAACAGUUGCAGCAGCAAGAGUUGUUGCAACAUCAGCAGGAACAGCUGCAGCACCAGCAGCAGCUGCAGCCUCCUCUACUGGAGCCAGACAAGGGGGAAGAGGUAGAAUUGGAGCUCCUGCCAGUGGACAUGGGGUCAGAGCAGGAGCGUCAGCGACAGCGUCAGCGUCAGCGUCAGCGUCAGAGGCAGCGGCGGGAGUUGGAGAGGCAGCAGGAGCUGGAGAGGUUGCAGGAACAGCAGCAGCUGAAGCUAAAACUGCAAGAGCAACUGCAUCAGCUGGAGCGGCACCUGGAGCAGCAGGAGCUGCUAGAGCAGCUGCAGAAGCAGCAGCUGGAGCAACAGGAGGUGCACCUGGAGCUGACCCCGGUGGAGCUGUAUACCCAGCAGCAGCAAGAGCUGCAGCUGGAGCUGACCUCCGUGCAGCCCGAGCUGCAGCUAGAGCUGGUGUCUGCUCUGGGAGGUGGCGCAGCGCCAGCUCCAGCCACCGUCGUGGUGGCCCCUCCAGGCUAUGUGGUGCUGCAAGAGCUCAUGGUGCUGCCCACUGUGGCCACACCCACUGUGGUGGCCAUCCAGGGCCCCACGGGGGAUGCGGCUCUGACGCCUACAAAACAGCGGAGGAAGCGGCGAGGCAGGGACAGGCCGACCAUCUGCGGGGAGUGUGGCAGGGGUUUCAGCCGCAGCACAGACCUGGUGCGACACCAGGCCACGCACACUGGGGAGAGGCCGUAUCUCUGCAGCGAGUGCGGCAAGAGCUUCUCGCAGCACUCCAACCUGGUGACCCACCAGCGCAUCCACACGGGCGAGAAGCCCUAUGCUUGCACCUACUGCUCCAAGCGCUUCAGCGAGAGCUCGGCGCUCGUGCAGCACCAGCGCACCCAUACAGGCGAGCGGCCCUACGCCUGCGGCGACUGCGGCAAGCGCUUCAGCGUCUCCUCCAACCUGCUGCGCCACCGCCGCACCCACUCGGGUGAGCGGCCCUAUGUGUGCGAGGACUGCGGGGAGCGCUUCCAGCACAAGGUGCAGAUCCGUAGGCAUGAGCGCCAGCUGCACGGGGCCGGCCGCUCCCGAGGUCUGGGCCUGCUGCGGUCUUCCAGGCCAGCGCCCUCGCGAGCCUCCACAAGGGCCCAGAAAGCCGCUGUAUCCGGGAAGCCCUGAGUGGUGUGAGAGCCAUCCACACCUGGACCCUAGGUCAUGGUCUUAACCCCAAUUUGGGGUCUUUCUGGGUAUCUUGAAUUAUCCUUUGGAAAGGAAGACUUCCAUCUUUUCCCAAACCUGACCCCACAAUGCACCAAGUCCACAGAUUCACUCUUCCCCCACAAAACCACGCACAAGAGAACAUUUCCAUGUGGGUGAGAGGGACUACCGGAUUUUUACCCCCAUCCUGGGAACAUCGGACUGAGAACUUGCCCGGUGGCAAAUAAUUUGUGAGGUUUGAUACGACCAAACACUAACCUGCAAAUGUAAUGUGCAAUGUGUGGGGGAGCUGGGAAGUGAAUGGAUUAUUCUGAAUACUGAAGGUGGACCUGAAGAGAGGGGCAGAUGGUGUAGCUCAGCUGGUAGAGCACUUGCCCAGCACAAAGCCCUGGGUUCCAUCUUCAGCAUCAUAUCAAUAUAAACGUGGGUUGGCACAUGUAAUCCCAGCACUUGGGAGGUAGAGGCAGGAGGAUCAGAUGUUCGAGGCCAUCUUCAGCCACAUUGUGAGUUGGACAGCCUGAGUUACCUGAGACCCUGCCUCCAAAAUAAAUAAAUAAAUAAAUAAAAAAUAAAGAAAGAAAAGAAAAAAAGAAAGGGAACUGUCUGCACAAGAUAGCGAACUUGGUCAAGGCAGUGAAUUGUCGUAAGUAACAUAAACUUUGAAAAUACUUGUUGGAAUGAAAGGCCGGAGGGUGGACAUAGUUCUGCUGCAAAUGCCCGUGGUCACAGACAUAGGGUCACAGUGGCAAUGGGACCAACGUGCAAAUAAAAGCCAGGAAGUCGUGUUCCAGGUGGAAGGUCAAACCUUCCUUCCUCAGGAGUCCAGACUACACACAUUAGAAGCAGGUUCUGGACCGCCAUUGCACUGUCCCCAAGCCAUCUGUACCUCCUUACUGUCCCCUGGUAUAAGAGCCUGUGGCUGAAGCAGAGAUUUCCAAGAAGGAAAGAACCUGGAGAGAACUUCUGGCUAGUCCCCGCCUAGCCUCAGCUGCAUAGGUGCUGCCCAAGUGGUCAGCACCGUGUGACCCAGGGGCUGCAGUCUCUGGCCCGGGCUAUGGGGUGGCCAGAGGAGACCUGACCUCCUGGCCAGGGUGUGAGAUGAAUGUUGGGGACAAGGACUGGGGAUCUCAGAAAGGCUGUAAACCAUGUUUACCAAAUCUGGGGGGCAGGGACUGUCUGAGCAGACCAUCGUGUGGGAAGGUGUGCAGGUGGAGGAGGCCCUCCCUGGCCCCCAGCCCCUGCCUGCCCCCACUUAACCUGACUGCCCACUGUGGCGGCUGAGGCCCUGCUCGGUCUCUGUCUCCCAUGCUUCUCCUUUACUAGCACAGCCUGACACAUUUUAUACACGAGCCGGCAAGUGAGGAACAGAACAUGGAAAAUAAAGUGAAGAAUACUGUC